UAGUAGUUGUGCUGUAGCUGUACUGGCAUCGGCAAGUAUGAGAAGAGAUAAGUUUACAGGCUGAGCUGGGCUGGUUGGCAGCCGUUGUCGCAUUCUUGGAGAGACAACGCGGACCGCCGGACGACGAGAAGUCGUGGGGCAAUCUGCGGAGCCGAAGAAAUAACCGGUUUACACGUACGGUGUUUGGAUACACGGCAGCGGCGGCAGCAGGAACAGGGCGAGUGUGUGAGCGCUUUGGCGGCGGUCCCGCUGCUAGCGAAACAUGAACAAAAACCACCGAGUGCCGAGCAACCGUUCUCUGAGUGCCGUGGAGGUGAAGAGCAAGUUUGGUGCAGAAUUUCGUCGGUUCUCUCUGGAUCGGUCUAAACCAGGCCGAUUCGAUGAGUUCUAUGGCCUCCUGCAGCACGUCCAUCGCAUCCCCAAUGUGGAGUUGUUGGUGGGCUACGCUGACGUGCACGGCGACCUGCUGCCCAUCAACAAUGACGACAACUACCACAAGGCCAUCUCCACUGCCAGCCCUCUACUCAGGCUGUUCCUGCAGAGGAAAGAGGAAGCUGAUUACACAACAUUUGGCACCGACUCGCUGACCAGGAAGAAAAAUACAGUGCUUUCCACGGUUCUUCUGCGGCCUGACACCAACAGGAAAAAACCACCGGUAAUCAUCAGCCUUCCUAAGGACUUUCGCCCUGUUUCCUCCAUCAUCGAUGUGGACAUCCUCCCUGAGACGCACCGACGUGUUCGCCUAUACAAGCACGGCCAGGAAAAACCAUUGGGCUUCUACAUUCGCGAUGGCUCCAGUGUGCGGGUCACUCCACAGGGUCUGGAGAAGGUCCCAGGGAUAUUCAUCUCUCGCAUGGUGCCUGGCGGGCUAGCGGAGAGCACCGGACUGCUAGCUGUCAACGAUGAGGUGCUGGAGGUAAAUGGUAUUGAGGUGGCUGGGAAGUCCCUGGACCAGGUGACGGACAUGAUGAUCGCUAACAGCCACAACCUCAUUAUCACCGUCAAGCCUGCCAACCAGCGGAACAAUGUUGUUCGCAGUGGAGGAGGAGGAGGUGCGGCGUCUGGUAGCUCAGGACGCUCGUCGGACAGUGGUGCCAGCUACUAUGGCUACUCGUCACAUGGUGGAGUCGGUGCUGCGGCCUCCACGCCAUCGCACAUCAUCCAGAACUUCCCUGUCGGGGAGCUGGAGAGCGAUGAGGACGACGAGGACCUGGUGAUUGAGGCAGGAGGCGAGGCCGAGCCAAUCAGACGUACCCCUUCCAACUAUAGCAUGCCCUCGCUGCCUCGAUACGAGCCACAUCUCAACCUCCGCACCGUCACCACCUCCGCCUCCACCCAUUCCAUCAACGCAAAUGGGACCCUGCCAGCCAGCGACAGCAGUGGCUCACUAAGCUACGCCAAUGCCACUCCGACGACGCCAUUGCCAGACCGAGCAAUGGAGAGGCGGAGUCUGGAGGAAGAUGGCACUGUUAUAACUCUUUAGCCUGGGCAUUCACACUCUUAACACUGGAAACCAGAGAGAAACAAACACAUAUACAAUACAAUACUUCCACACACACUUGGGGGAGUCAUGCACUGGCAAAUCAAAUACAGGUACAUCCUGUUCCAUCGUACAGUGACUGUACCUGAGAAGCACGAUGAUGUGUAUACAUAUUAAGUCUUAACAUGACACUGACACCUAAAUGUUUGUACAUCCUAACAUUUACACGUCAAACACCCGCACCCUAUACCUUGCUCCUCUACAUGCCAAUUACCAUGCAUGUGUGCCAUAGAGGUGACCCCCCCCCCCCGCCUUCUGCAGGCACAAAAUUGUCAGAGAAAGAAGUGUAGUUUGGUACUUCCCUACCCUCCACUCUAUUUUUUAACCACUGGAAGCCCUUGUUUUUAACCCAAAAACUGUUUUUAUGCUGAGUUUCCACUAGGGGGCAGAGACACUCCAUCCUCCCCCAUUUAUUCUCAUCAGUCCCAUAAAUAGAUGAAGGUAGAGGUCCAGUGAGAAAGUUACUUCUGUGCCCCAUAAGAGACAUGCACUGAAGCAGGAUGUUAGCGCAAGCAUUUGUUGACAAUCUCUGCUGGUUUUUUGCCUUGUCACCCUACACCCCCACCUCUGCACCACACCACGACCACCAGCCUUCCAUGCUUCCUUCCCCCAGCUGACCACAGCAUGCGAUUGGUAAACAGUUGCGGUGCUUUCCACAGAAUGCAGUACCGCAACAAUCGACCGAAUGCUGGUAUCAGCAAUAAAACUGUAGUUAUUAUUUGAGGACAAACCACCUAAAAAAAACAAGUCAGGGCUCUUUGUGUUGGCUCAGAUGUUUUUAACCACUGUUUUUAGCUGUUUUUCCUCUCUUUACCUGCUGUGUUAAUGACUGACUGAAACGUUGAUGAUUUUAAAAAUUCUUUGGAGCUACUUGUAUUUUGAAAAUCCCUUUACGAUUAGGCCUGUGUUUUAUAAUAGUUGAAUUUUUUUUUUCUGUUUCUUUAAUUUUAUAUACAAUACUUGUAUCACACAUGUGACUGCGUGCCCAUAUUCCAUCUGACCAACUGGAAGUUACAAGUCACUCCAUAAAAUUGCUCCUACCUGGCAAUGGGAAAUCUUAGAAUUAAUUUCCUUUAUAUUGCACUCCCUCUCCUUUCCAUGACAAGGGCUAUUUCCCCUGCUGCAUGAGUACAAAUGAGAAAGUGUGAAUGUGAUUUAAUUUUUUGUUUGUUUGUUCUCUCCCUCUCCAUUCUUUCUGGACCCUGGCUCAAUAUAUCUAACCUCAGUGCUGUACAGUAUAAUCAUCUCUGUCGUUUUUUAAAACAGGCCCUGAGUUCACUUGGAUGUGUCCUGAGACAUUCACAUAUGAAAAGCGUUCUCUCCAGUAUUUCUGCACCAUUUUUACAGUGCUCCAUUUCUUUUUUGUAUUGUCUUUCUCAUUGGAUUCAUCUAACUACACACUAUGAGGAAAUGUAAAACAACAAUUGUAUUCAGAAUAUAUUCUUAAUAUUGACUUUGGGCAUAAAAUGGCACAUCAAUAGCAGGACUGUAACACUUUUAGCAAGUACAACCACAGAAAUGAGUUGAAUUGAGUGGUGCAUACAGUAACAAUAGAUAAACUGCCUGUAUCUCAACAUAAACCCCGGUCAGAUUAGGUCAGAUUGAAACAAACAGACAUGCAGGUGCACUGGGCACUAACUGAUUGUAGUGCACCUGCAUGAGGCAGAUCUGCAUGUCUUGGUCCUGAUCUGCAUUUGGCAUUGUUGUUUUUUCUUCUGCAGUAAAAAACACUUUUGAACACCAUGUUUUAAAAUACCUACGCCCUUUGAGGCAUUUUUUUGAUUUUGGGCUGUAUAAAUACAGUACAAAGCAAAUGAAAUCCACAAAUUUUCAUAGUGCGCCUUUAAAUUCUACGUUCGGGAUGUUUUGUCACUUAACCCCAAUUAAUUUGCUGAUGAUAUCAUUCAGAAUUUGUGUUCCUGAUCACAUCCAUGUUUUCCACAGGAAGAAGUCAUUUUGGCUGAGUUUUAGUUCCUGCUUGUGAAGCAGAUCCUUGGCCCUUCUUGGAAGUAAAUAUCCAUCUCUGUUACAUACUGCUGUCAAUUGCAUACCUGAAGUGACAGCAGAUGGUCUAUUAUUUCUCUUAUUGAUUUUUAGCAUUUGCUUCCCGGUUUAAAGUGACAAGAUUAACUUUAGCCUGGAUUUUUUUCUCGCUCACUAAAAGAUUGUUCUCACACACACACACACACACACACACACACACACACACACACACACACACACACACACACACACACACACACACACAAAGUCACUUUCAGUAAUUUUUAUUGGUUUCAUCUGAGCCAAUGUGCACUCGUAAUGAUACACAGUAUAUUCAUACAGAUCACCAUCACACAACUUCUCAUCAUUUCAGCUCUGCUUACUUUUUGAAUAUCUGGUGAGCCCAUCAGACAGUGAAUAUCUAUGACUGGAAACCAACACACAGGUUGUCUAUGUGUGUCCACUUUUGUAUUUCAAGCUAUAUGUAUAAGGUACUGUUUUUUUGGCCUUUAAUAUUACAGUAGGUGAUUGUGGGAUUCUGUCUUCUUUUCCAACAUUUAACACAGUGAUGAAUGGUACUCUGACUGGAAGAUUUUUAGAAAACAAUGUUAAUUUAUUUUCUUUAUUUCUAACUUUACCACAGGACACUGGGAUUGUAACCAUGGCGACAUUUUUAUUUAUUCUCUAAUCAUAUGUCUGCAUAUUGUCUUUCUUUGUACACAGUUUAUGACUUUAUUUUUAUAACUGAUAUGUUUUUGUUUAUUCAUGAUUGUUCUCUUGGUCAUAAAUCUCAUGGUACAGUGGAUGUUAUUGCCCAUUAGGAGAUGAUUUCAGUAGAUGAUUCACUGCUCUGGCUAAAGCAACAGGAGAAUCUGUGUAAAACAUGACAAUAUUAUUAAUUUUUUCCAUACUGUGAAUUAUGAUUAUUUUGUGGGAGAAAAACAAUUGUAUUAGCACAACCUCGAAACAGGCUACAGGUUUUGCUUUGAGUCCAGCUUUUUUUUUUUUUUAAGUGAUUGAGCAAUGAUUUUUGCUUGCCAGAUAAAUCCUAUGGUAUAGAUUUGUAAAGAUUGUCAGUAUUUUCAUAUUGAUGCUAUAUAUGAUGUACAUUUUUAUCACAUUUAAUGAAAAUGUUUUAAGAUUCAACUGGAGAUGUAUGAAUAAAUAGAUGUACACCUGUAAUUUUUGAUUGAGGGAGCUGGAUAAAA